AUGACUUCAAAUGGUCAUACCCUGAGUUCGACAUCGACUAUCAGCGUGCUCGGAGAUGAUCCACCGCGCACACAUCGUAUCAACGCCAAUUCAUUCCAGCAGAGUGCGCUGCUUACAGUGAAUGGCUGGCAGUACGCGGCUUUCUACCAGAGCAAAGAUGGUGACAAUGGAAGCUCCAUCUGCCACCCGACACUUGCACGACGAGCCCUUUGCGAUCCGCCAGGAGGAGAGGAUGGAACGUGGGAGUACCUGGUCUUUGAUGACUACGAGCAGACAAGCGAUGAUGGGCACAACACCAUUUCAAUUGGCAUCUGCGCCGGAGAUGGCACCAUCCAUGUUUCCUACGAUCAUCACUGCGAACCACUGAGAUACCGUUUCUCGACUAAAGGCCUCGCCACUAGUCCACAGGACUACGUGUGGGAAAAGAGCCUCUUCACCAAGACGGCCGACACACUGCCGGGUCUGCCUCAUUCCAAUAUCAUGGACGAAGUGUCGUACCCGCGCUUCGUCACCGUCAACGGCGACAUGCUCCUUACAUAUCGGAUCGGCCAGGCCGGCUCCGGCUCUGACGUGCUGUACGUCUACUCCUCGGCCACGCACGCCUACACCGCGCUCGGCACGCUCCUCACCGGCGCCGGCAACUCGCCGUACAUCAACGGGCUCGACCACGACGCCCGACGCAACCUGCUGCACGUGUCGUGGACGUACCGGCGCUUCGUCGCGUACGAGGGGGUCGACGACCCGGCGUCGACGGCGCACAAGGCGCAGGCGGGGCCGAACGGGCCGGAGAACAACUACGACCUGUGCUACGCGUGGAGUGCGGACGGCGGCAGGGUGUGGAGGGGAGAAGGGGGCGGGAAGGCCGGCGAGAGGGCGAUCGCGCUGGCGGAUUUGGGCGCCGGGGAGACGGUGAGGCCGGGGUGUGAGGGGAUUAGGGCGUUUGAGAUUCCGAUGGGGAGUGGGAUUCUGAAUCAGGAGGGGCAGUGUGUGGCGCUGGAUGGGGGGUUUUAUGUGUUGAAUCGGGAGAGGUGGGAGGGGGUGGAGAGGUGGAUGGUGUAUUGGAGGGAGGCGGAGGGCAGCUGGAAGCGCAACGCAAUCGACGGAUUCCUCCCCACCGAGACGGGAUCGAGAGGCAGCAUCUGUGCGGACAGGUAUAGCAACGUUUAUGCUAUCUUGCCUGGCAAUAACGACUCGUCUCUCUCCAUUGUGAGAGCGUCCAAGGCGGAGGAAGAUUUACGGUUUGAGACGGUAUGGAGACAGGAUGGGUUCGAUGGCGAGCCGCUAGUGGAUCAAGCGAAAAUGGAUGAGCGUGGCAUCAUUUCCAUUUUCACAAGAACGGAUAAAGGUGCCGAUGGAAAACGUAAGGUAGUGGUCAUCGACGUUGAUUUGGGGGAUAGGUAG